ACCGCAACGAUGGCCGUGAGAGCCAGCACCAAUGGCGCUGCGGGCUUGCCACGACUUCAUGAUACCCUACGCACGCCCGAGGACCUAGAAAAGAUCACCAGCCUCAAAGCGGAGAUAAACCGCAAGAAGGGGGAUGUGGACGCUAGACUGCGUGAAGGACUGAAAGAUCAUCUGGAUUCUACACAAAAUGGCAUGUCUACACUUGCUGAAGGACAGAAACUCGUCGGACAGAUCAAAGAGGAGAUGAAGAGCAUCCACGACCUUUGCGAACAAGCGCAAGCCAUCCGUAAGAACUUUCCUCAAUUGGACUACCUGGCCAGAGUACAUCGAAACUUCGAGGCAACGCGAGCCAUGCAAGCUGGUCUUGACACCUUCGAGAGAGAUUGUUCUGUAGUGCAAAGACUUUUAGAAGAGGACGAAAUUGACCCGGAGAACCAGCCCAAUCUCCUGGAAGCGCAUAUGCGCUUGACUCGACUACGUGAUUUCCGUGAUGAAGCGUUGGACCAAAUUCGGCGAGGCAAGGACUCCAGCCUGGAACAGACAUUGCUCGAUUGGUUUCAACAGCUUGACGAUGUCAUAUUCAUGUUCGAUGAUCAUAUCGGACGAAUCUGCAUGAAGCUCAUCGAGCUAGUCCAACAGGACAAUCGUGGACUUAUCGUUCGACUUGCUAUUGUAAUUGCUUCAGAAGAAAAGAAUGAUGACCGCGUACGAGCAUUGCAGGACGCGCAGAAGGAUCACCAAGAUCUAGUGAGCAAAUUCACUUCAUUCACCAUUGGACCCAAGACAAUUCGUGGCUAUAAAGAGAAAUUUACCCAAGCCAUCGAAUUCCAUGCUCAAAACCAAUUCGAGGAGACAAGGCAAAGUUUCCAGGAAGAUCCAUCUCGGCUCGACAAGGCCACCAAAUGGUUCUUCAACGAUCUUUUCGUCUGCAAGCAAGGAAUGCAAAGUCUCUUUCCCAGAAAGUGGAAGAUUUACGAGACCUAUGUCAAUAUCUAUCACAAGCAGAUGCACGAUUUCCUUAUCUCAUACGUCGACGCUGAAGACCUGCGCCCUCCACAGAUGCUUGGUAUCGUCCACUACAUCGACGUGUACUACCAAAAGAUGAGCAAAUUGGGUCUCUCGCAAGCGCAAUUGAAGCCGCAUGUUUUGGAUUCCCGCGAAGGAGAUCUCAUUCGUGACUACAGAAACAUCAUCACCAAAGCGCUCAAUUCAUGGAUUGACAGGAUGUACGUCACGGAUAUGAAGAACUUCAAGGCCAGAUCAUCAGAAGCCAUUGAGCAAGAUCCAGACGGCCACUUUAGAACCAAGACCCUGCCAGAUAUGUGGCGCAUGUUGCAUGAACAGGCCGUUGCAGCGGGUGACUCAGAACGCGAAGAUGUGGUUGAGGGCGUUAUGAGCGCCAUGUUCAGUGCUCUGAAAUCGAGGCAGCAACAGUGGGAGAAGCUCGUCGAUGAAGAGGUGGAAAGAUACAAGAAUCCCACUUCAGAGCAACUUGAGACUCUGCAACCGCUGCAAGAUUGGCUCCUUGCUAUUGCCAACGACCAGAUUGCAUGCGUGGACGACGCUGCCGGCGAUGUCUUGGACGAUCCGACUGCUCAAAAGGGCUACCUGACUCGCUUCAGAGAGGAUUUUACCAAAUUGCCCACUCCGCCAUCUGCUAAAUUCAUGUCGACCAACGGAGCUAGUGAGCUAGACUCCUUACGAGAUGGGUAUGUCGAUCUGGCGACACACUGCUUGUCUCGCUUCACUGAAUUGAUCUUCCGAGUCGACUUCCGCAGCAUCCUGACGGAGUUGUUUGUACCAGGAAAAUGGUACGAGCAGACCGCAAUGCAGCGAAUUACCACUACGUUUGACGAUUACAUUGGCGAUUAUGGCUCGAUGCUCCACCCAUCGCUCCUGGAUAUCUUGAUUGAGGAACUUUCUGAUGCUUUGUUGGUAAAUUACCUGACGUCGAUCCGGACGAAUAAGGGAGUCAAAUUCAGGCGCGGAGAGCCGUUCCCUGCGAAGUUCAGGGACGAUGUGCUCGCCGCAUUUGCGUUCUUUGAAAAAUACCCCGACGGGUUCAAUGAUACCAUCAAGCCCAAAUGGAAAGCAGUGAAUUUCACUGUCCAGCUCCUGGAGGCGGAUAAGGUUGAGGUAGUGGGAAUCUUCUCACAGUUCAAACGAGAGUUCUGGGACCUACAAUUGAGUUGGGUCGAAGCGGCAUUGAAGACUCGAGAUGACUGGGAUCGGAGCAUGAUCACGGCUGUCAAGCAAGCAGCUGCGUCAACUUACACCGAAAGGUCAGCUGAGACGAUAAUGGGCAAAGUCAAAUGAGCGGAUGCAGUACUCAAAGCAAAUACAAACACUUCCUAUCGAUGACUUGCUGUUGCGACACUAGGAGGACUAUCAAGCACCACGGCAUUGCGUCUUCAGCUCUCCCACUAGCCGAAAUCUGCGACCACCAAGGAGCAGGAUCUAAGAUACUGUCUACAGUCUGCACCACCAACUUCAAGAUCCAACAAGAGGCGGCUUGGAGAUAGCUGUUCGCAACCGCAUACCCAUCACAUUGUCCCCACGAUUUCUCUCGAUAGCAGAUGCAAUUUGGGGAAGGGUGGACCAGGGAACCGGACGGUUAGCAUAGAAUCUACAGAAACGCACCAUACGGUGGCACGAAGCUGGCAUGAAAGCGCCGCUCUGGGUUGAAAAGGUCAGAGUGCGUAAGUGCGUCAGAGCAGGAUACGGACAUCUCAGGGAUUUGGCAUGCCGCUGCUCUCAGGAGCGCCAAGUAUAGAUCAGGCGAUACAUACGCCGGGACGAUAUCGGAGAAUUGGUGUUUAAUCCACCUGGAUUAAAUACGGACACGGCGAAUCUUCCCCGGUGUACUGCUGAGGUGUUCCAAAUGACCACAGAUAUCCAGUCCGAUAACGAUAGACAAGGUAGCUCAGGGAUUUCGUACAGCCAGGAUUGUGCUUCUCGAGCUAUAUUCCCAAAAGUUCAUUUCUCGGCUCCCCUCUAUUCCCAAAGCCUCCGGUCAUCACCCGUCAUAAGAGUCGGGGAAGGGAGAGGAAAGGGGAAGAUUGUGUUA